GAAAAAAGGAUAGGAAAAAAAGGAAAGUUGUGAAUCAACUAAGAAUUUAAUCACGUAGUUUUAUUUAUUUUUCCAGACUCGACUCAUUGGACCACGAACUUAUGACGUCCAUACGCUGCACAAAAUAUAGAUGUCGUUUUUAUUUCAUGAUUGGGCGAUUUCAAAUUUCGCUCCUAAUUUACACAUCGAUAUUGUUAAACAUAAAGCCAAAUUCAUAUAAAUUUAUAAAUAAUGAUUGAAUCUGACCAAAGUGACAAAGAAACACAGGAUGAAAUACCACCUUCAAAAAUUUCUGAUAAUCCUGUAGAUACAACUGAACUUAGGCAGAAAAGGUUACGCGAAGAAACCUCAGAGGAGGAAAAAUUAGAUUUACCUUCUAAGAAAUUAUGUACAUCUAUUGAUGAAAAAAUAUCUGAAAAUAUUUCAGAAGCAAAUGGUACUGCUGAAGAAGUAAAAGAAAAUUCAAAGAAUAUAAAUAUUGAUGAUAAGAAGGACAAAAUUAACUUAGUUUCGGAUGAAAAUAAAAAUGAAUCUGCAAAAGAAUCACAUGUUGGAGUAUCUGAUAUUAAAAAUAAUGAAAUAUCAAUUACUAAUGAUAUUGCAAAUAAAAAAGAAAAUGAGUCUAAUAUUUUAACAGAUAUAAAGCAACAGGGAAACAUACACUUAGAAACUAUAUCAAAUUUUAAUACAAAUAAUGCAAUAAUAGAAGAAAAGACAGAAGUGGAAGAAGAAAAUAAUGUUAAAUCAAAAAAGAAAAAUAAAAGAUUCCAAAUUGAAGAUGCUGAAGUAGUGGAAGGUUUGGAACUUUCUGUAGAGUGUGCUAGUGAUAAAGAAUCUUCAAGUUCUUCUGAAAGUGAAAGUGGAAAAGAUAAACAACUUAAGCCAAAAACCAUAAUUGUAAAAGCAAAACCUAAUGAUUCAGAACUUGAUGUUAGUUCUUCUGAAGCAGAUAAAUCAGAUUCACAAGAGACACUUGAAAUUAAACCUAAACAAAUUGGAAAGAAAGAGAAAAAAAGAGGUAGGACUUCUUUCAGCAAAACAAAAAAUACUGACUCUGAAGAAAAUAAUGACGAUAUUUCCGAUGAAGAUUAUAGUCCAAAAACUAAGAAGAAACUCAAGAAAACAGGAGCAAAUAAAAAAUUUACAAAAUCAGCCACAGAAUCAAAAAAGGGAGGAGGUAGAGCAAGAAAGAAAGUUAAGAAACCCGUUGAAAAUAUGGAUGGUGAAGAUGAAAAUUCUAAUAUAACAGAGGAUCUAAAGUCAGAAGAGAAUACAUUUGAUAGAAAAUCUGUGAAAAGCAAAAGUGAAAAUGAAAGUGACAGUGAAGAUGAUUCUCAAAAUGAAAAAAGUAAAACCAAAAAACCUGAAGAUAACAGAAGAAUACAAUUGUUAAAAAAAUAUAUUAGACUUGCUGGAAUACAUGUAAAAUCUUAUAAUGAUCUUUGGACUAAUUGUAAAUCAAAUACUGCUAAAGUAAGAUGUCUUAGAGAGUUAUUAGCAAAAAAUGGAAUUAAUGGCAGACCAACCGUAGAAAAAUGUAAAAAAGCCAAAGAAAAAAAUGAAAGCCUUAAGGAUGUUGCUGAGUUAAAUACUAGCAAUAUUAUUUCAGAAGGACGUGUUACACGUGCUCAGAGAAAUAAGGAAUCAACAAAAACACCAGAAACGCCUACAAAACAUCGUGAAGCACGCAGUUCAUUUAAAAGAGUUUUAACCGUUGUUGACAGUGAUUCAGAAUGAAGUGUUAUGAACUUUUAACCCUUUAACCUACGACGUCGAGUUACUCGUGGUACGUCCUUCGUGCUACAUGUGACAAACAUUUCUUUUUUUUGGCCGCAUUCGGAUGUGUAGGUAUAUUUUUUUGAAAAAUAUUAGAAAGAUAUCCUUAAAAAUCGUGUCCACGAUCAAUUGGUAGUAAUAAUUUAUCAAAUAUCUUGUAACAUAAACUUCGAACGCUUGGACAGAUCGUGAAAGGGCUCGACGUCUGACCGACCCUGCCGAUGGUUACAGUACGCGUUGUUGGAACUUAAAUUGUAGGGCAAAGGGUUAAAGAAAUUUGUAAAACAUCAAUAUUAUUUGUUUACUUACCUUCUGUGGUAAGUAUAUAUGUCAUAUUUAUUUUCUUAAAAAAAAAAUUGUGCACACAGAUACAUAUUAUGUAUUCAGAAAAAACUGAUAAUCAAUGAAUUUGAUAUCAAAAGAUAUAUUGAGAUUACGAGAUUGAGAUAUUGCAGUAAAAAAACACAUAAAAGUUAUUACAAAAAUUAUUCAUUAUGAUGUAAAAGAUUUUAUAACAGAUCUGCCUUUAAACUUAGAAUAUAAAAGAUCUCAAAUUGAUUUGUCUUUUGGAUAUGUUUAAUUAAUUUUCGAUGAAUUAAAAUUAAUUUUUUCAUGAAAUUGUACAAAAUAAGAAAUCAAAAUAAUAGAAUACCAUUCCUUGUUAUUUCGGAGUUUAUAAAAACAUUUAGAGCUUUUAAUAAAUAUAUUGCUUGUAGAGCUCUAGUUAUAUAUAGAAAUUAAUUAAUAUUUCUGGAUUAAACUUUAUAUAAAAUAUAAUACAAUUUGCGUAAUUUUAUAUAUAAUUUAUAUUUGCUUAAAAUUCUCUUAAAGAUUGGUAAGUCAUAAUUUGAUAGAAUACUAUAAGAUAUUUCUGAAUGCAUAUAUCUUUCUUCUGAAAACAGUUAAAAUUAUACUCAUUUUAUUAAUUCAUUCGCAAAAGUUAUUAUAGAGCUUCAGUAAUAAAAUAUUCUAACAUAAAAGUAAUGACUAAAAUAAGAUAAAGGUCAAAUUGUUUUAUAUAUUAUCUUUUAUAAUAAAUUGUAUAAUGACUUAAAAUGUAAUAUAAAUGUACGUAUAUAACGAAUAUUUGUUGAAAAAAUGAUUUAGAUACUUAGUAAAAAUAUAUAUUUUUAUACACAUGA